CAUGUUGCUGUGGUUCCGCCUUCUUUCCUCCAUGCGUUAACUUGUAAGAGAAAGCAGGAAAAUGCCUUAUUAUUUUUACUAAAUGCAUAGAAACUCUUGGUUGACCUGCAAUUUCAUGUUUACGUUUUUAGUCAAAGUUUCCGUUGGUGUAUGAACAUUUUAUUUAAACUGCUGGUGAAGAAUCUGAGUUUUAACACGUGGACAGAAUUCGAUUCAUUUGGUCUUCGGUAAACUGAAGUUUACACGGUGCUGGUGAACACAACAGAACAUGGAAUACCUCCCAGAUAAAAAUUCACAAUACAACGAUGUUGUCUAUUGGGAUGAGAGAUACAAAACGGAGCAGAGCUACGACUGGUUGGGAAGCUUUUCCAAAUUCCAGCACCUUCUGGAAAAAGUUGUCAAGAAGGAAGAUUCCAUUCUGAUGCUGGGUUGUGGAAACAGCAGCUUAAGUGGUGAUAUGUACGAUGCUGGCUACCACAACAUCACCAACAUCGAUUAUUCAUCGGUAUGCAUCGAUACCAUGAGUGCCAGGUAUAGUAGCUGCCCUUCCAUGUCCUGGCACCAAAUGGAUGUGCGCAAGCUCUCCUUCUGCGACGCAUCCUUCGAUGUCAUCAUCGAAAAGGCCACUUUGGACGCCAUCAUGGUGGAUGAGAAAACGCCUUGGGAGCUGUCAAAGGAGACGGCAAAUUUCAUUCACCAGGCUCUCACAGAGAUUAGUCGCUGCUUGAAACCUGGAGGCCGCUUCAUCUCCAUCACCUUCGCCCAGCCCUUCUUCAGGAAGCGCCUCUACGCUCGCACGCAGUACAGCUGGUCAAUCCAGCACUCCAGCUACGGAGACGGCUUUGAAUAUUUCUUCUAUGUGAUGACCAAAGGGGAGAGGAUGAAGCCAGAAGAUGCAGUUUUGGAAAAAAGUCUCAUGGAGGAUUCUAGAUUGUCACCUGUGAGCGUCGCUCCCACACAAAUUGAAGGCAGGGAAGACUUCCUGUCGAACAUUGACUUAUGAUAGAAUGAAAGGACUCAGGGAUAUAGUUCACUCAACAAACUGUGACAAGGAUUUAGACUAUUCAAACAGCCUUGAGAGGCUUUAAAGGACUUUAAGGUUUUACAUUUUAAAGUACAAAUGGCAAAAUAAAAUCAAGGGUUAAAUGAAAACAAAAGCCUGAAUUCUAACAAACAAUCUUUUGUUUGAAAAAGCCAAAAAUAGUUCUGUCUUAUAUGAGUUUUUUUUAAUAAACUGCAUAUUAAUAAAUGUAAUAUUUGACACAUCAUUAUUUUUAAAUUCAACUGAAUGGACUUCAUAAUAAUCUUAUUUUACAAUUAAAAAAAAAAAGAUUUUAAGGUGGUCUUGCGCACCAGGAUAUAGCCCAAAAAUUGCAAAGACAGAUUUCAUUUUUUACUUUUUUACAAAAAAUGGCAAGCAAUCUUGGAGCUAUCUGACUGCACAGUUCUUAUCCAGAUGCCAGUUUGGACGAGAGAAAUGAAGGCCUCUGCAUUUCUUGAUAAACUGACAACUUUUUCAAUGUCUGUUUGACAUGUAAUCCUGACUUUUUUAUUUUAUUUUCUUCAUUACAUUUGUGUUGUGAGUAACCCUAGAAGAGUGUACCAUAACUUUGUUUAUGGGUUCUGUAAUUAGACCUUCGUUUGCUGCACAACUAGAGAAUGUAUUAAAUAUUUUCAAACUAAA